CCUCCAUCGACCUUUUGCGCGUGCGUGCUACCGAUCGCGACUCUCUUUUUUCUUCGGGCGUUGUCUUUCUUGCUCCCUCCUACGACGUUGCCCCGACCCAUUGAAGGCAUCCACGAGUUAAUGCCCCCGAAAUACGAGCCGUGCCCGCGCCCAAUUCCCUCCUCCGGCCCUCCUCGACCGUCGUCCCCAAUUUUGCUUCCCCUACCAAGCAUGCCGAUACCUGCCCUCUCGGUCCUCACCGCCGCGGCUUAGCAUUCACUGUCUCGAUCCAAUGCUCGAGAGAACGGCGGCCGGCCUGGAAUCAUGCAGCCUCCAGCGUGUCCUACCCAAGCCCACCAAGAGCUGCCGCCAGCUACACACGGGCUUCUGGCAGCAUGGCGCCUCUGCCAUUGAUCUCUCCAGCAUCUGGCCCGGCCCGCCUCGUACCGCCGAUUCCGAGACCACCGACGCCGACUCAUCGUCUCGCUACCACCAGCAGCAGUCCGGUCUGCUAGCGUCGGCCUUCCUGCUCGACUUCCUCUAUCCCAGCGCUACGUUGCCGCUCCUACGUCGAAUAUACCCCAAACUACCCAGGACUCAAGAUGGGAACCGCAAGGCCCUGGUACCGCGGAGAAGACAGUACUCUUCGUCGGCCACGGACCCGAUCCUCGCAUCAACGACCUCAAACAUGGUGGCACUGAGCGAUAUGGAGUUGGCAGAGGGAGGGGUUUACACAACCAUGUCUGAGCACGACCCCACUGCGUUGGAGAACCGUCGAGACGGAAUACUCGCCAAUGGCCACGACAAUGCGCCGAUAGGAGAAAACCAAGUCGAUUCGGAUGCUUCGUUAGAAUAUGACGCUCAACACACGCUGGAACGUCUCGAACGAUUGAUAUCGAACCAUACUGGCCAUCUUUAUUCCGAGGUUUGGGACCUCUACACCCACCUUGACCAUGAGAACCGUCUCUGCAUGCGUGCUCCUAUCGUUAUGUACCUUGCUCGGUCACAUGGCGUUGUGGAGAGUGGACGAGCCCUCUCCGUCUUUCGACAGAUUCCCAUCGAUGAGUGGGACAAUGAUCUCCUUACUGCAGGAAUCCUCUUGUUCCUGCGGACGGGGGACCUGCCGUCUGCGAUAGAUCAGUUCAAAACAGGCCUUGAUUUGAAAGGACUGACCGGAGGCCUCGAAUAUUUAUUGGCGGAUGCCAUUUCGUCGAGGAAAUGGGCCGCUGCUUUGGAUGUUUGGGUAGCGUACUAUGCGGCACAGGCCGAAAAGAAUCCUAAACGAAAGCCGAGUACGGAACGGCUUAAGGACCUCGAAGGUAUCCCCAACCAAGGAAAUCUGUACUUUGCUUUCCGGAGCUUCCUGGUGACGGAUGGUGCCGAUUACCAACGCAAGCUUAGACAAUCUCCCCUACCAUUCACAGCCUUCCGUGUUUUCCGCAAACACUUUGCGCAAAUGGCGUUGUGGGAGCCUUGCUCCCCGGAGCAGGCCGCCGUGAUCCUCGAAACCUUGAACGACAAGGAUCUCUAUAACGACUAUUUGGUGCGGAUGUUUGACCGCUGGUACGAAAAGUUGGAACCCCAAUCGACUAUUCUCAAGCUUCCCGCAAUUUACCAGACAUUUCGAGCCCUACCCGAUGCCCAGCCUGCGAUGCAUGUUCUACGAGGCAUGUUCAAGGUUCACUUUCCGAAGGACAUCGCUGCCCUAGAACAACUCUACCAAGAUUGGAUUCGAUUCCGCGGGGCCUUGAAUCAAUGGGGCUACGAGAAGUUCCUCAAGCUAUAUGCUCAAAGGGGCGAUGUUAAAGCUGUCCAGAAGCUUUGGGAUCAGUAUGUGAAAGCGUACCCGUCGGUGCUCAAGACGCCACGAGCCUUCAGGAGUACCCUGAACGUCUAUGCACAAGCGGGAGACGCUGUCCAGGCCGAAGCGGUGCUUAAAGAGAUGUCUAGCAAAUAUGGGGUCAAGCCUGAUGUUGAUUGUUGGAACACGCUUCUGAAGGCGUACAUGAGGGCCAACAACUACUCCCAGGUGCUAAGAUGCUUCGAGACGAUCUCCCAGAUGCACCAGCCUGAUUCCUUCACUUACGCCCAUGUCAUGGCCAUGAGUUCUAAGAAGGGCGACCUGGAGACGACUCUCGACUUUUUCAGCCGAUCCCAGGAGGCUCAAGUUCCGAUUACGAAGGAGAUGGCUCUCGCGUUAGUGGUGGCGUAUUGCCAGAACGACCUCCUGAUUGAGGCGGAGAGGCUGUGCAUUGAGAUGGCCGAACGAAAGCUCACACACACCGCUAUCUGGAACCAGCUGCUCAAUUUCAAUGGCGAGGCACGCAAUCUCAAGAGGUGCUACGCCAUCCUCGAACGCAUGAAACGGUUUGGCGUGGAAUGGGAUGAUGAUACCAACCGAUUCCUUCUCCAAGCACUUGUCAAUGCCAACAGGAUCCAUUCUGCGUACGCGCUUCUAAAAGCAGCUGAGGACGAGGAGUUAUUUACCUUGACGCCAGAGCACUAUGCCAUCGUCAUGGCGGGCGCUGCUCGUCUUGGAGAGUACGUCCUAGUAGAGAGCCUUCACUACCGGUUGGUAAAGUCGAACAUGCCAAUCAGCUUCAAUGCUUUGAUACCAUUGGUGGAGUCAGCGGUGCGACGAAAGCCAGGAGUCAAGCGAACACUGAAUUUGAGCAAAGAGUUGGUUGAGCAUUUCCGCAACGCCGUGGCUGGCUCCACAGGGGAGCCUGGACAAACUGCCACUGGCGGUUCUCAGGCAAUCUCACUAGGGAGCACGGCGAUGUCGAGAAGCCAGUCACAAAGUAUCGGCCGGGCAAUCAUGCUUUUGGUUGAGCUGCGAGAGUUUGGUACCGCCGAAGAGCUCAUGACACUGUACAAUGAGCUGUUUCCCCAAUUCAAGCAAAGCAAUCAGUAUCCGCCCAACAUUGUGUCUGCUCUGAUGCUGGCGUAUUACAAGGACGGGAACCUAGACAAGGUCAUGGAGCUUUGGCAGAAGACCUGGGUACAAAUAUUUGAGUCGAGCAAGAAGAGUCACCGAGAGGGCAUCUACGCCGGCAACGAGUACGACCUCUCACGAGUGCUCAAUGUUGUGCUUAGGGUGUACCGAGAUAAGAAUGAUGGCCAAGGGCUGUCGGAUUGCAUUGAUCGAGUGACUCAGUCAGGCUUCAAGCUCACAUGCGCCACCUGGUCUCUUGCCGUUCGAUACUUGUCCGAGUUGGACCGGUGGGAGCGGGCCAUGUACUGGUGCGAGACGAUGCUCAUGGAUGGCUGGCGCGGCUGGAACUGGGGAAGGAUGAACAAGGAAAAGGCUGGGUUUUUAAACACACGCGUCCUGAGGGCGCCCAAGAAUGUGGUCUUCCGACUGCAACAGAACUGGCUCAAGAUGCGUAAGAUGGCUGCUUGGUCAGAGGACAUCUCCCGUCAGCUCCACAACGUCCAGGCCAAGUUCCCGCGCCUCUACCACGCCUUCACCAUGUCUGACAUGGAGACCAUGCCGGUGGCGUACCAGGUCAACUCGAACCGCACGUCUAUCCAGGAUCUUGACGAGGUCCUGCGCAGCAUGCCGUACAACGAGCUGAUGAAGGCUAAGGAGGCCCUGCUCAAGCAACUCAUGCAGGAACGGAAACGUGAGAAGCGUCUAGGUAUUGCCGCUCUCGCCCCAAAGAGCCAGCAGGAUCACCAGGACUGGAAGCGCGAGCUGCACAACAGGGUUAGACGCUUCGCGGCCACUUGGGUGAAGCGACGCGAGCAGCGCUUUGCUGAGACAAAAUCCUCGUCAUUCGAAGGAGAAUUAUCCCCCUCCUUAUCAGCCUCUUCCCCGUCCGAAUUAGCCACGAUCGCUGACCCGGAACAAGUCGUUGCUCGGGAACGUUCUGGCUACUGGAACAGCUUCUGGGACCGCUACGACCAGCGUCCGCACGGUGACCGCCGCCCCCAACACGCGAAACACUAUUCGGCCAAGGCACUGAGAUCACGCAACUCGGAGAAGAAGUCUAAGCCCAAAUCUAGCGCUGCGGCAAGACCGAAGUCCGACAGCUCGAAAAAACGAUAAUGGAGUCCAGUGUGUGAGGCGGCAUCAAUGUGCCUUGAGCACGCAAGGACCCAAAACAUACAAAUAUCAUGUUUACAAAGUUGUGGCAUUCGAAGAACGCGUGUAAACUACAUGAGUUCGCGAAGGUGGAGAUCAAGAUGAUAUCAUGUAUGCUGGGAGUUGGCGGAGGAUGAUGUGUAUUCGUAUAUGUACAAACCCUACUGAGCAUUUAGAUCUGUACUUUUGUAUAACAUAGAACAAUGACCUCACGUCGCCGUGCCUUGAACAGGCAAGUAUAUGACAG